AUGACAGAGACACCGCCGGCUAUCACUGGCUCUGGCGAAGCAUCUAUCCGACAACAAGUCGAUGUGCAAGACCAGAGCUUGACCACGCACCAAGGGCUGCAAGAUCUGUUGGAGGCAUACGAGGUUGAGAGGACAUGUCGGCAUGUAGAAGCUCUGGACGCCCAAAGGAUAGCGCUUCAGUUCCCGGACGAGCUCCUGCCUGACGCCGUGCCAAUCUAUCGCGCACUGAGGUCAAGGAUACCUCUGCCCAGAGAGCUCUACGUCUUGGCAGAUACCACGUUCGGCAGUUGCUGCAUUGAUGAAGUCGCGGCACAGCACGUCGACGCGGACCUGGUCGUCCACUAUGGCCAUGCUUGUCUUAGCGUAACGCCCGGCAUCAACGCGCUCUACGUCUUCCUGAAGCGGCCGCUCGAUGCUCCGACGACGUAUCAGAGACUCGCCAGUGCUAUAGCGACUCCGAGUUGCAUAGAGGGCAAGAAGGCUGUACUGCUGCUCUACGAUGUGGCCUACUGCUGGGCCUACGAUGACCUGGUCGGUCAGACUCGCGAUCAUUUCGACUUACCCGUCAUUGUCGCGCGGAUAGACGAUGCCAAGGCGCACAAAGCAUCCACAUCCCAAGCAAGCGGCAGCCUCGCGAGAUCGUACCAUUUGCCCUCCGAUAUCACGCUGGCAGAUUGUUUGAUAGCCUACGUCGGCGAAGAAGGCCUCUCGCUCAACAACGUCCUCAUAACCCACUCGAGCAAUCCUGUCUUCCAUUACUGCCCCUCGAGCGGUCAGGUCGCACUGGCUUCUGGUCGCACCAACAAACUCCUCAUGAAGCGAUAUGUCGCUGUGCAAAAGGCCAAAGACGCAGAUGUUUUUGGUCUGGUCAUCGGCACGCUCAGCAUAGAUGCUGCUCUGCCGCUCAUCACUGCAUUACGGCGCCUGCUCAAGCGGAAGAGGAAAAAAGUCUAUACGCUCGCAGUGGGCAAGCUCAAUCCCGCCAAGCUGGCCAACUUCCUCGAAGUCGACUGCUUCGUCCUGAUCGCUUGCCCGGAGCACUCGCUGCUCGGAGACGCUGCAAAGGAGUACCAUCGGCCCAUCAUCUCACCUCAUGAGCUCUUUGUCGCACUCAAUGUCUCGGAAUGGUCAGGCGACUAUAUACUCGACUUCAACCGCUUGUUAGGGCUAGACAUCGAGGGCAACGAGCGCACGGCGGACGAUGAUGAUAAUGAUGAUGAUGAGUCGCCUGCAUUUUCGCUCAUCACUGGGCAGUACAGGACAGUCAAGCGAUUUGACACCAAACCGAAAGCAGACACGGGCGAGAGUGCUUCCCAAGCAAUUGCAGUGCGCAGUAAAGACACGAGCGUUGCAGAGUCGCUAGGAAGUGCGGCGGGUAUGCACCUCUCUACGCGAUCCUACCGCGGCCUCGAGCCUCGGUAUGGCCUCGAUCCGCCUGCACAGCUCGAGUCGGGACGGUCUGGUAUCGCCCGACAGUACGACCGCUAGCCAUAGUGCAAGGUCAUGUAGCUGCAGCUGAUCAGGGGGCGCGCUUGAGCACGGCGAGCGUCAGGCGUGCGUUCUGGCUGAUGUGCAUCGAGGCACUGCAGCCUCAUUGGGUCAGGCUGAGACGGUCGAAGAGGAGGAAGACAGACUGUUGAUCCCAUACAAUGGCAAAGGGGGCUCUUUGGUCUGCUUUAGGCUUGAGUGCGCUUGCGAGAAUGAGGGCAGGCAGGUCUGUCGAGCGGUCCAUCGAGACAGUCGUCAGCCGUCCGCGAGCUGUGCCAGCGAACGUUGACGUCAGCGUCCUGGGGCUCCUGAUGGCAGACAACGUCACACACUGCCGAGGCAAACACCGUUUUCGUCCAGCAGACAGACCCCGAGGACGUUUUCGCUCGCUUGACUGAUGUCGUCAGCAUCUCAUCAGCUGCGCAUGACCGCUGAGCAGAUCCUCGUACUGACAUUGAGUCGAGAAUGUCAUUGAACAUGGGCAGGCACACUUGGCCCG